AUGAAUCCCGACGACUACGAUUUGAGUACAUCGGAUGGCUGCAGACGGGCCUUGACUCGAGCCUUGUUCGAUGCCGUUAAUGAAGCCAAGGCGGAAUGCUUGGCACAAAUGCAGCGGGAGCAGGCGGUGGCGGAGGCGCGGGUUCCUCGCCCGAUACGACGUCGGACGUAUGUCCCCCGCGAGCACGACGUAGCGCACGAACGUCUGUUCGCAGAUUAUUUUGCCGAGAAUUCAAGGUGGGGCCCGAAUGUUUUUCACCGACGUUUUAGAAUGAGCCGAGAUCUUUUUCUCCGCAUUGUGCACACGUUGGAGGGACGUGAUGAGUACUUCCAGUAUCGGGAAGACGAGAUCGGCAGACCCGGACUUACGCCGUUGCAGAAGUGCACGGUUGCGAUCCGCCAGUUGGCCUACGGCACAACAGCGGAUAUGUUCAACGAGUACCUUCACGUCGGGGAUACAACUGGCCGCGAAUGUCUCAAGAAAUUUUGUAAGUUAGUUGUGGAGGCUUUUGGCGACACAUAUUUGCGACGCCCGACUGCUGAUGAUUGCCAGAGUCUGAUGCGAAUGCACGAGACGGUGCACGGCUUCCCUGGGAUGCUAGGGAGCAUCGACUGUAUGCACCGGCAAUGGAAGAACCGCCCGACGGCCUGGAGAGGCCAAUUUACUAGCGGCUACAAGGGUAGCCACCCGACGAUGAUCCUAGAAGCCGUCGCUGACCACCGCCUCUGGAUCUGGCAUGCCUACUUUGGUGUAGUCGGGUCGAACAACGACAUCAACGUCCUCAACUCGUCCACCCUCUUCGCCGAUCAGUGA